UGCCAGGUCUUCUGGGGAUAACUUUCCUGGCUCUCUCGUGGAUGGUUCAUGCAGAGACAACAGGCCUUUGGUGCUACGAUUCCCAGGAUCCUAAAUGUGGCCCUUCCCACUGGAAGGAGAUCACGUCGGGGUGCGGGGGACAGAACCAGUCGCCCAUUAACAUCGAUCGAAGAAAAACACAACGGGACAGGAGCCUGGGUGAAAUUCUGUUUGAAGGUUAUGACCAGGCCCCUCCAGGCAGAUGGAGGUUAAUGAACAGUGGGAAUGAAGUCAAAAUGACCCUGGAUGGACCAUCUGCUGCAGAACAAAUCAACAUCACCAGAGGAGGUUUGAGGGACAUCUACCGGGCCUUUCAGUUCCACUUCCAUUGGGGUGACCUCAAGAGGAAUGGCUCAGAGCACUAUAUGGAUGGGAUACAGUUCCCUAUGGAACUGCACAUUGUACACAUGAACACCAAAUACAAAACCGUCAGUGAAGCUAAGGAACAUCCAAAUGGGCUCGCUGUCCUGAGUUUCCUGUUCAAGAUCUCAGACACUGAUAACACCAAUUACAACACUGUCGUUGCCAGCCUGAGAAACAUCUCUCGUGCAGGAGAAUACGUUGACAUGGCAUCCACCUUUUCCCUGAGCAAUCUUCUCCCCAGCUUAGCCUCACUGUCCAAAUAUUACCGCUACAAAGGAUCUCUCACCACGCCAAACUGUGAAGAAGUGGUCAUCUGGACAGUGUUUGAAGAGCAGAUACCGAUCAGCAGAUCUCAGCUGAACACAUUUGUGGACACCACGUACUUCAGAAGUUUGGCUGGGAUGCCGCAGAAAAUGAUCAACAACUUCCGUCCUUUACAGCUUCUCAACGGUCGCACGGUCUAUGCUUCCCGUUAUGCCAGCAUGAGUUGCAGCUCUUCUCUUGCUGCGAAUUUAUUCCUUCCUCUGCUCCUGUCUUGUUUGACGGGCCGAUUCUCUGGUUCCUCCUAG